CUACCCCUCCCUCACCCUGACUCUCUCCCUCGCCCAGUCUCCAUCACUCCCGCACCCUGCCUCCCUCCCUCACCUUGCCCUCCUCUCUCCCUCACCGUCUUCCUCCCUCACCCUGCAUCCCUACAUCGGCGUAACUCUCUCCUUUUGCGCGUCAUUUAAAGACAAGCGCGCGCCUCCUGCCACCAAGCCAAGCUUUCAUAUUCAUCCUGAGGUCCAGUCCAAGUCCGCCAGGAGAUCAGGAAGUGGGAGGACCCAACCGCGCAGCCGUGUCUGGAUGAGAGUUUCUCCGGGAUUUGGGAGCGGAUGGGAGGAGGUUUGUGCCUCCCUGACCGGGAACCUGUAAGGACACGUGCGUCCGCGUCUCUGCGUAUUCACAGGACAGACGGAGAGUGGUGCGCUUUGUUGGAUCUGUUUAUUCCGUCUGUGCGCAGCUCGUUCCCGCGCACGGUCACGCGACCCCUCCCGGGUCCCACGUAUACUUCCAACUGGAGAAUCGACGGAAAGAAGCGGGAUCGGAAUUUCUGCUGUUUGUGUGUGCACGCGGACGUGCUCCCUGCAUGGAUCCCUUUGUCCAAAAGGCGCAGUAGCGCCGCGGACCUGCUGGAUUUAGUUGUUUACCUGGAGCGGCUCCUGUGUGGAUUACAUCGGCAGCAGCAGAAUGAGAAACGCGAGAAAGUCACUUCUGACUUUUGUUUCCGUUCCAACAUCUAAAGGUUUCCGAUGCGAGUUCAGAGAAAACUUUCAGCUCAGCCACAUUUAAAGCAACAGCAGUAGUAGCGCCCCAGGCACCAAGCUCCACGGGCCUGCUCCCUCCCUGCACCUCCCCCACCACCUGCCUGCUCCUCCAGUGGCAGCAGCAGCCUCCAGCUUCCCACCUGCAUUGCAGCCCUUGCCACAUUCCCACCACCCCACUAUGUUUGCCGCUCCAGCUACAUUGCCACCACCACCACCACUAACGUCUAGCGCCCUGCCGGUACCCGGGCAUCCUGCUGCUGGGAGUGCAUACUCAGAGCAAGACCUUCUACGUCAGGAACUAAACACCCGUUUCCUGGCCUCCCAGAGCACAGACCGCAGCACCUCGCUGGGCCCGCCGUCCUACCUGCGCACCGAGUUCCACCAGCACCAGCACCAGCAUCAGCACCAACACACUCACCAGCACACGCACCAGCACACCUUCACGCCCUUUCACCACGCCAUCAUGCCCACCCCAGCACCGCCCUUGGUGUGUACCUCUGCCAGAAAUCUCCUUCACUCCUACCCUCCAGCCAUGUCUGGUCUUCCUCCUGUCAUUCCUCCAACUGGACCCUUCAGCUCUCUGCAAGGGGCCUUCCAGCCCAAGACCUCCAACCCUCUGGACAUGUCCUCCAGACCUGGAGCCAUUCAUCAGGCAUUUUUACACAAAGAUCCAAGGCUCACAGAUCUGUUCCGGCCCAUCCUGAGGAAACCUGGGAAGUGGUGCGCCAUGCACGUCCACAUCGCCUGGCAGACGUACCACCACCAGCAGAAAGUAAAGCAGCAGAUGCAGGUCGACCCCCACAAGCUAGACUUUGGCCUCAAACCCGAGUUUCUGAGUCGACCUCUGGGCCCCAGCCUCAUUGGAGCCAAUCAUCAUCUCAGCGACCUGGCCCGACCCGCCACACUCUUCUCUGCUGCAGGUCCCACACACCCACCAGGUGCUUCCUUCGGCCAUCCACCCCACCAUCCUGGAAACUUCCUCACCCCGGCGUCACAUUUGGAGCCGUUCAGCAGAACUCCAUCAUUGGGAGCACUUGGUGCUCUCAGCUCCUCAGCCUUUGGAGGGCUAGGAAAUCCAGCACUAAAAUCCCUACCAGCGGCCAACUCCAUGUUCAACCAUAAGGAAGGCCCGGGUGCUCAGCAGCACUUCAGCAGCAGUGGGAACACCAAUAGCCAGGAGCCGUGGAACCGCCUACACCGCACGCCGCCCUCCUUCCCCACGCUUCCCCCCUGGCUGAAACCUGGAGACGUGGAGAGGGGCACCUGCAUUGGCUCACAAGGAAGGGACCGGGACUCGGACAAACGGGACAUCCUGGGCGGGAACGAGGACAGGGACAGGGAUUCUCUGGAAAAACGGCAUCCAAGCCACCCACCUCCCAUUCCUGUUCAUCCCCUCAAUCUCCUGGGUCACAGCCGGCCUCCAGAGCACCAUAGAAACCACCUGCCACCUGCCUCUGGAGACCUGCAGAGAGAAAAGGAGAACAAGGCGAAAGAACGGGAGAGGGAGCCCUCGGACUCCUGGAAGGACAGCGGGGCAGAAGACCACAAACUGAAAGACAGUCAGCACAGUGACAAGGACACGCCUGUAGUUCACAAUGGUCGAGCGACAGAGGACAAAGUCCCCAACAGGGGGACCACGUCACCCUACGUCCGGCAGAACAGUCUGGAGCGUCCCAAUGAGGGACUGAACCGGGAGGCCCUGGAGAAGAAGACAGAGCUGAUGUAUGAGCAGCAGAAAAAAAACUGUGAGGUGACAGUGAAGGAGGAGAGGAAGGAGGAGCAGGAAGGAGCCACAGGCAGAGGGAGUGAGCCCCCUUCACAGACAGCCUCCACCGCAACCCUCCACUCACCCUCCCCAAUGCCUCUGCCCAUGGGCGUGGCUGGGGUUCACCCCAUCAACAGCAUCAGUCACCUGGAGAGGACUCGAGUUGUGGCUCCCUUCAUGGGAGCCAGCCCCCUCCCUGGAGCUGAGCGCUUUCCCUACCCUGCGUUUCCCUGGGACCCCGUGAGGGACCCCUACAGGGGCCUGGACAUCCACAGGCGGGACCAUCCAGCCCGGGACCUGCUGCUGAGGAAUGACCCUCUGCACCGGCUGGCAGUGCCACGCCUCUACGAGGCAGAGCGCUCCUACAGGGACCGUGAACCUCAUGACUUUAACCGUGACCACGUCCACUCUCUGGCUCUGGAGCAGAGGAGGGAACAGGAACGCGCUCAGCUGGAGGAGCGUGACCGCCUCAACAUGCUCAGAGACGACUAUGAACACAGACACCUCCAUCCUCACAUGCAUGACCCCACUCUCGACGGCCACCUGCCCCACCCAACCCCAGCCCUCAUGGCCCCGGGACUCCCGGGGCUGCAAUACUCCAGGGUGAGCCCCUCCGCAGCAGUCGCUCACCACAACAGUCUCCUGAACAAAACUCCUCCCACUGCAUCUCUAAGUGCUCCGCCCCCUCUUAUCCCCACACUGGGGGCCCGGCCUGGAUCCCCCAGACGGACUAACCCCUUGGCCACAGAUCUCAGAGACAGAGCAGCCCACAAAGACAUUGAGGCCCGGUGAGCCAGGCCGUGCCUCAGCAGAACCUGUGCCUCUCCAACGUCGACGUCACCGGGCUCUUAGCCAGACUGUAAUAUAUCUGUGAAUAAUUUGUGUGGCAGACAUGGGCCUUUGUCUUUUUUACAAAACCCUGUGAAGACCAGAACCUUUUAGUUUGAGUUCAUUUUCUCCCCUGGUUGGGAUGUUGAGGUUCUUUAGCACACACCCUGGGCUCUAGGUAACGCCUGCAGUCACUCUAUGGAUUCAUUGUGGUACAAAUAUGCAAAAUAUUCUUUUGAAAGCUUUACAUUGUAAAUAGGAGUAUUACGGCCAUGGUGCUGAAUGUGCUGUUGGCUCAUUUUUCUUUUUACUUCACGUUAGCAUAAACCAGAGACCCCAUGUUCAACUAUGCAAAUAUCUGGGCUCCCUUUAUGACGGCUGGCCUUUUCAGCACCGCUGACCAGUACCAUGGCCGUGUUCGCUCCCUGACCCGAACCAGUGCCACACAAACCCAAGGACUGAGCUAAACCAUUAGAGAAGGGCACUCGUAAACAUUAGUUACAAUCUAGAUGCAGGAUUUGAAUUUAAAGAGAUUUAAAGUAAAAGAUGCAGCCUGUCUACAACUGAAGCUCCUUUGACCUCACACGGGGUAAGACCCAUGAUGGUUAAACAAAGGUUUGGAGAGCUUUCAAAGCAUCUGGUCUCAGCUGAGGGUUUAGUUGUGCACUUUGAUGUCUUUGGUGUCAUGCCGUGCCGUGUUUUCUCUCUUUUCUAGCCUCCCGACCCAACGUCCCAGACCUGUGGUGGUGAGUCAGCCUGUAGAGAAAAGCUGUUGCUGUUUCCUGGGUGCAGGAGGUAACAAUGUCUGUAAAUCCUGUACAGAAGUUAGAAAAUGGAAUCUUCAGCAUGUUCCUCAUUGCAACUUGUGUUCUGUAAAUUGUACCAUGUCAUUAAAAAUGUGUACUUGCUGUU